UCGACCCCGAUCCCCGAAGGCUCCGCGCCGUGCCUCCGCGCCCCGCCUCCAUGCCUCCGCGCCACAGCCGCUGCCUGCCUUCGCGCGCGCGCCUCCGGCUGCCACCAAACCCUACCUGCUGCUGAAAUCCCGCUCGAGCGCGCCGCCGCCGCACCCCAAAAUCUCCGCUCGAGCGCGCCGCCGCCGCACCCCAAAAUCUCCGCUCGAGCGGGCGCAUCCUUCUCUGAUCCCUUCCCGCCAGAGCACGCUGCUACCCCCAAUCCCUUCCUGCUCGAGCUCCCACCUAGCCAAAUCCAUCCACAGGCUCUCCUCCAAUCCCUUCCUGCUCGAGCUCCCGCCCAGCCAAAUCCAUCCACAGGCGCUCCUCCAGCCCAAUGCCCCAAUCCCAUCCUCCCCAACGCAGCUUCUCUCUCUUCCCCAGCCCAAAUCAAUUCCGUCGCUGCUCCGUCCCCAAUCCUCUCAUUGCUAGCUUUGUCCCCAAAUCCUAUAGUCUGCUCCAUUAUCUACUGCUGAGAGCCAUGGAGAGCAAGGAGGCGUGUCCUGGGAGGAGGAGGGAAGGAGUUGUGUUGGGAGGCAAGCAGUUGCAUCGAUCUGGGAGGAAGGACUGGGGCGGCUGGCGAGCUCGCUGCAGCUACGGCUCGUCCUCCGACGGCGACGACGCCUCGGCCGCCAACGGAGAGGAGUUCGUCGACUCCAACGUCAUCGAGGCUGUUGAGCUCAGGAGCGUAUCAGAUAGUUUUGAGAUAAAAAUGCAUGACGGCAAAAACUUGAGAUGAAGAGGACACCAUUAGCUUUGACCUCAAGCCAUCAGAUGCUAUCAACAUUGCUUUCCGGUGCAAGGGAUGCAUUCGCUUCCUCACUUUUCACAGUAUAUCUUGACAAUAUUUGUUUGAAUGAUAACUACUGUUGAUACUGAAAGUGUUGUUUAACAUAUGCGUGUUAACCAUACGAGUGUUAAAACACUCUGUUGAAGAAUCUAAGCAACAACAGUUAAGCAACCA